UUCUAAAAAAGAAUAUUUGAUAAGAAUGGGAAACCAACAGUCAGGGGCAGGGGGAGGUGCGGGGAAAGACAAGGGAGAUAAAGCAGAGAAGAAGAAAUAUGAGCCUCCAGUUCCUACCAGGGUUGGCAAGAAGAGGAAGAGGGUCAAGGGACCUGAUGCCGCUAACAAGCUGCCUACUGUGACCCCGCAUACUAAGUGCAGGUUACGUCUGUUGAAGCAGGAAAGAAUCAAGGAUUAUCUGCUGAUGGAGGAGGAGUUUAUCAGGAACCAGGAGAGACUUAAACCUCAGGAGGAGAAGAACGAGGAGGAGAGAAGCAGGGUUGACGAGUUGAGAGGUACACCAAUGUCAGUGGGAAACUUGGAAGAAAUUAUUGAUGAUAAUCAUGCAAUCGUCUCUACAAGCGUUGGAAGUGAACAUUAUGUCUCAAUCCUGAGUUUUGUAGACAAGGAUCAGCUGGAGCCUGGAUGUUCAGUUCUAUUAAACCACAAGGUUCACGCUGUUGUUGGAGUACUGAGUGAUGAUACUGAUCCUAUGGUUACCGUCAUGAAACUAGAGAAAGCUCCAACAGAGAGCUAUGCUGAUAUCGGAGGAUUAGAUGCUCAGAUCCAGGAGAUCAAGGAGAGUGUGGAGCUCCCUCUCACCCACCCAGAGUACUACGAGGAGAUGGGGAUCAAACCUCCAAAGGGUGUUAUCCUGUAUGGACCUCCUGGCACUGGAAAAACACUCCUGGCCAAGGCUGUGGCUAAUCAGACUUCUGCAACCUUCCUCAGGGUUGUUGGAUCAGAACUUAUUCAGAAAUAUCUGGGUGAUGGUCCUAAACUUGUCCGCGAACUGUUCAGGGUUGCAGACGAACACUCGCCUUCUAUCGUCUUCAUAGAUGAGAUUGAUGCUGUUGGAACCAAACGUUACGACAGUAACAGUGGUGGAGAACGUGAGAUCCAGAGGACUAUGUUGGAACUUCUUAAUCAGCUUGAUGGAUUCGACUCUAGAGGAGAUACUAAGGUGAUUAUGGCGACUAACCGUAUAGAGACCCUGGACCCUGCCCUGAUCCGACCUGGAAGGAUUGACCGGAAGAUUGAAUUUCCUCUACCUGACGAGAAAACUAAACGAAGGAUUUUUAACAUCCAUACAGGUCGGAUGACUCUAGCUGAUGAUGUAGAUCUAGAUGAGAUGAUCAUGUCCAAGGAUGAUUUAUCUGGAGCUGAUAUUAAAGCUAUCUGUACAGAAGCUGGUCUUUUAGCUCUUAGAGAGCGGAGAAUGAAGGUUAAUCAAGAGGAUUUCAAGCAGUCCAAGGAGAACGUGCUGUACAGGAAGCAGGAGGGAACACCAGAGGGACUCUAUCUUUAAAAUCCCAAGAUUCUCACGUCUAAGCAAGAUUUCAAGUCCAAAAUCCUCUUUAUCUAUCAACAAUUUCCCUCAACUUAGAUAUUUUGUCCAAUGUCCAUGCUCCGUUUGAACUUUAUUAAUAGCUUAAAAUCUAGUUCUUUAUAAUCGUGUCGGAAUUUAAUAAUUGAAAUAUUCAUUAUUGAAAUUAAUUGUGAAUUAUUGCAGAAA